AUGGACUUUACGGCGCUGGUGGCCGCUCUCAUGAGCAACGACAACACGAUGCGCAAGCAGGCCGAGACAGCGUAUGAGGCCUUUAAAGCGGAGCAGCCUCAGAUGCUCGUGGCUAACCUGGUGCAGCUGCUGCGCACGGCUCCCGAGCCGGAAGCGCGCGCCUUUGCGACCGUGCUGUUGCGUCCACUAGUGGAGGUCAAGGCAGGCGUUUACGCGCAUCUGGAUGCGGCUGCGCAGGCCAUUCUUAAAGCGCAGCUGCUGGAGGCCGUGGCCAGUGAGCCCGUGGCUCAUGUCCGCCGCAAACUCGGCCACUUGAUCGCGGAGCUCGCCGCUGUUUCAGAAAAGUACGAGCAGGAGUGGCCCGAGCUGCUGAACGUCGUGUCGGCUCUUACAACAAAUGCUGACGCGCUGUUGCGUGUUACGGCCUUCGACUUGCUGGCCAAGCUGGCCGAGUACGCUAGUGACCUGCUAGACCCGCACAAGAAGAACUUCCUUACGCUCUUUACCAAUUCGCUCAACGAUGCCAACGUAGAGGUGCAGAUUGCAAGCCUCAAGACCGCAUCGGCUUUUCUGCUGACGCUCGAGGACAAGCAGGAGCUGUCGGCGUUUGCCAUUAUCGUAGCCCCAAUGUUGCGUAUCAUUAAGGUGCUGGUAAAUGAUGGAGACGAAGUUGCCUUCCGUGAGGUGCUGUCGGCUCUCGUGCAGAUUGCCGAGGUACACCCCAAGUUCUUUCGCAACUCCCUGGACGAUGUGGCCCGCGCUAUUAUCGUCGUGUGCUCGUCGCAAGAGCUCGAUUCGGAAACUCGUGAGCUUGCUUUGGAGUUCAUCAUCUUGCUGUGCGAAAAUGCUGGCGGUAUGGUACGCAAGUCGCAGUUCAUCGUCACGAACGUGGUGCCUUUGGCCAUCCAGCUGACGUCUGAGGUCGAAGAGGACGAGACGUGGGUGCAGAAGUUUGACGACCCGGAGACCUUCACCGAGGCUAAUGAAGCCGAUAACACGAUCAGUGACACUGGUGCCGCGGCUAUUGACCGUCUGAGCACGUCUCUGGGCGGCAACGCUGUACUUCCUGUAGCCAUUCCGGUCAUCAAGGAUUUCCUCGGCGAUGCCGACUGGCGCAAACGUCGCGCUGGCCUGUAUGCUACCUGCCUGCUAGGCGAGGGGGCUAAGUCGCUCAUGACCCGUGAGCUCGACAAUGUGGUGGGAAUGAUUCUGCCUUUCCUGAACGACCAACACCCACGUGUGCAGUACGCUGCGCUGCACAGUAUCGGACAGAUUGCCGAGGACUUCGGUGAGGUGGAGAAGGGAAAGAACUUCCAAGCGAAGUUCCACACUGUGGUAGUGCCGGCGCUUACGGCGCUGAUUCAGAAUGAGCAGGGUGUGUUGCGCACCCGUGCUCUGGCUGCCAGCGUGGUUAUAAACUUCUGCAACACGAACGUGUGUAAGGCCAAAUACGUGGUUCCGUACAGCCAAGCCCUGCUUGAAGCUCUUUUUAACACGAUGCGCUCGUGCCCGCGGCAGGUACAGGAACAGGCUAUCACUGCUGUUGCCAGUGUGGCGAAGGUAAUUGGCGAUGAAUUUCUUCGCUUCUACGACAUCUUCAUCCCGCUUGCAAAGGAGGUACUAACGAAUGCUCAUGGCAAGGAGUACGCUCUGCUACGUGGCAAGUCCAUGGAGUCGAUUGCUCUUAUCGGUCAGGCCGUGGGCAAGGAGCGUUUUGUAAACGAUGCUAAGGAAAUCAUGGAGAUUCUAGUGCGUGUGCAGUCCAGCGAGGAGCUGGAAGGCCCCGUGGUACAGUAUGUGGCGCAGUCGUGUGUGCGUAUUGGCAGUAUCCUCAAGGAAGACUUCGUCCCUUAUUUGCCUCACGUGAUUCCGGCGCUUAUCAAGCAGGCGCAGAUCCAGCCGGAUAUUCAACUGUCGGAUGUCACUGAUGACGAUGUCGAGGAGAACGGUCAGACUGCCGAUGGCAAGGAUACUAUGAUGCUCAACAUCCGUGGGGUGGGCAAGAAGCGCUUGGAAAUCAACACGAGUGCACUUGAGGACAAGACGAAUGCGUGCAACAUGCUUUACCAGUCGGCGCUUGAUUUAGAGGGUUGGUUUUACCCGUACGUGGCCGAGGUUGCACAGGUGAUGAUCCCGCUGAUGGACUUUGAGUAUGUCGAAGACAUUCGUAUUGUGUGCAGUUUGACCAUGGCUAAGCUGCUGAACUGCGCUGUGGUGGGUACGCUGCACCAAGGUCACGGUGCGACAGCGCCACAGUUCCCGCAACAGCUUUUUGAAAAAUUCUUCGAGCCAAUGAUGAAGAGUUUGCAGGAGGAAGAGGACCUAGAGUGUCUUGGGGCAUUCGCCGAGGCCAUGUCUGCAGUCAUGGAGGUAUGCAAAGAAAGCCAGGAGAAGGGUUUCCAGGUAGGUAUUCCUUUGAAGCACGUUCCGCGCGUGGUAGAGGUAUUCAAGACUGUGGCGUCCAAAAGUGCUCAGCGUUUGAUGACGCAGCACCACGAGAAUCAACAGGAUGAAGACUACGACGCCGAGGCUGCUCUACAGCAGACCGAGAACGAUGAGCUGGAAGAAGGCGUCUUCCGAUCGAUGAUCGACUCGAUCGGCUGGAUCGUGAAGAUUCAAAAGGAAGCGUUCUUUCCUGUGUUCAAAGCGCACCUACUGGCGUUCGUGAUGCCGCUUUUGGAGCAGAAGACAGUGCCGAUGGUGCGCGGCCAGGCUGUCUGCAUGAUUGAUGAUAUCAUUGAGCACUGCGGCGCUUCUGCCCAGGAGCUACUGCCGCUGUUUUUGAAUCACCUUGUUCAGGGUCUGGAGGACCAGAGCCCGUCGGUAAUCCAAGCGUCCGCUUAUGGUAUUGGUGUCAGUGCCGAGAAAUGUGGCGCUGCGUUCGAUCCGUUUUGCCAGAAUGCGCUUGAAAAGAUGGUGCACUUGAUCAACGUCUCAGCGAACGUGGAUGAUGAUGAAGUUGGUGCCGCGCGUGACAACGCGAUUAGUGCUGUGGCCAAAAUCUGCCUGGCGCGCGAGGGGGCUGUAGACGCUGCCAAAAUGUGGCCUAUGUGGCUCAGCUGGCUGCCGCUUCGCACGGAUGUACUCGAAGCGCAGGAGGUGCAUGCUCGUCUGGUCUCACUUGUGAACAGCGGCAAUGCUCAUGUGCUUGGCGCUGAUUACGCUAACCUUGCCCAGAUCUUGAAGGUGUUCGCAUCAGCUCUUUUGUUCGAUAUGGCAGCGGCGGAGGAUGCCGCGGACGACGAGGACGUGUCGACUAUUUUGGAGGAGACCAAGCCGCAACUUCGUCAGUUGCUGGGCAAGUUGCAAUCUCAGCUGCCUGGUCCAGUAGUGCAGGGAGCAUGGGCAAAGCUCAGCGGUGACGAGCAGCAAGCUUUGUCUCAGCUGUAA